AUGGGCUCCAGCUCCUCCUCCUAUGCCCCUAAAGCCAUUUAUCUGGAUGUGGAUGGGAAAGUGCAAAAGGUGGUGUUCAGUAGACACUGCAGUCCUUGUGACAUUAAGGAGCUGCUUUGUACCUCUUCUAACAUCCCAAGGAAUACCGCUAUCAUGAUUGUGGAUCCAGAAGGGGCAUUGGUCUCCAUAGAUCCCACCAUGCCGACUAAUUCACCCAACUCUUUAUACAAAGUUGUCCCCCUGUCUACCGGCCAACUUGGAGAGAAGGAGGACAUGUUUCAAAAUGUUUUGUCCCAGGUGGCAGAGCAGUUCAGCAGAGCCUUUCGCAUCAAUGAGCUGAAGACCGAGGUCACCAAUAGGCUUGCCAUGUUGGAGAAGAGAGUGGAGCUGGAGGGUCUAAAGGUGGUGGAGAUUGAGAAGUGCAAAAAUGACCUAAAGAAGCUUCGGGAUGAAAUGACAUCAAGAAGUGGUGGCAGGAUAAACUGCCCAUGCAAAUACAAUUUCGACGACGGGAAGAAGGUCACCCCGAGACGAGAUGUCCCCAACUACCCAAAGUAUACACUGUCUCAGGAGACUGUUGAGGCACUAAAGAAGCCAACAUUUGAUGUCUGGCACUGGGAGCACAAUGAGAUGCUGAGCUGCUUGGAGUACAUGUACCAUGAUUUAGGGUUGGUGAAAGAAUUUAACAUGAACCCCAUCACACUAAAGCGCUGGCUGUUGGCCAUUCAGGAGAACUACCGCAACAACCCCUUCCACAACUUCCGUCACUGUUUCUGUGUUAGUCAGAUGAUGUACGGCAUGAUCCAUCUCUGUAACCUGCAGGAGAAGCUGACUGUCACUGAUAUGGGCAUUCUAAUGACAGCUGCAGUUUGUCAUGACCUGGACCACCCUGGAUACAACAACACAUACCAAAUAAAUGCUCGUACAGAGCUGGCAGUGCGCUACAAUGACAUCUCGCCACUGGAGAAUCAUCACUGUGCCGUGGCAUUCCAGAUCAUUUCCCUCCCUGAGUGCAACAUCUUCGCAAAUGUGGAUCCUGAGGCAUUUAAACAAAUUCGACAGGCCAUAAUCACCCUUAUUCUGGCCACUGAUAUGGCCAGACAUGGUGAGAUACUGGACUCAUUCAAGCAGAAAGUGGACAACUUCGACUUCACCAACGAGGAGCAUGUGACAUGUCUUAAGAUGGUUUUGAUCAAAUGCUGCGACAUUUCCAAUGAGGUGCGUCCCACUGAGGUGGCCGAGCCAUGGGUGGACUGCCUACUGGAGGAGUACUUCAUGCAGAGUGACCGGGAGAAGUCAGAGGGCCUCCCAGUCGCCCCCUUCAUGGACAGAGACAAAGUAACCAAACCCACCGCUCAGAUAGGCUUCAUCAAAUUUGUCCUCAUCCCCAUGUUUGAAACUGUCAUGAAGCUUUUCCCUCAGAUUGAGGAGAUCAUGGUUCAACCCCUGAGGGACUCCAGAGACCACUAUGAGGAGCUGAAACAGAUCGAUGAUGCCAUGACAGAGGCGCAGAAGAAAAAAACUGAAAAUAUGUCAUUAGGUGGGAAGAAGAAGUAA